UCUCCUACGCCUCUUGCUCACCCAUUCCAUUGCUGGGAUUGCAAGCGGUACGUGCUCAAAGGUUGAAGAGACGGAUCCAAGAACUCUUCGCACGCCUCUUGGAUCACCUGGGGGUCUCAAAACACAGUUUCACUCGACAAGGCACAUCACCACCACAUUCCGUGUUGUUGCAUCGGACUUGCAUCAUCGUUUCCGUCUGCUGCAUCAUCCUAGCCAAAGGAUUCUUUGAUUUUUAAAGCCCACCGUGGCCGAGGGUGGUAAGCAUCUGAUAUGAAUAACGAGCCACAACUUAGAGUUGUGAGCAGAAAUUCAUUGAUGAGCGAGGUAGAGAUUGUUUGAAUCACUCGAGGAAAUGCAGACUUUGCUCAGUGAGUUGCAUAUCAAUGAGCGUUAAGUCGUGUAUAAAACGGAUUGACCACAGGAUUGGCUCUUAAAGAGAAGCUAGAUGGCAGUGUCAAUCGAAAUCUGGUUCAUUCGCAAUAUCAUGAUGACUGGCUGAAACUUCUCAAGUCCACAAAAAGCUACAUGAAAAUGGAACUAGUCCCUGGCCGUCGCUACACCAGAAUGUCCUUGUCGUAAAAGUGAGUAGAAGAUGAAUUUGGAAGGGACAGUUAACAGAUAGAUUGUCUACGAGGUUGAAUUCUCACAACGACACAACGUAGGACGAGUUCUGUAAGAGAACGUAGUAACAAAAGACGACGAGGUAGAAGCGAUUAAGGUGGAGAUUGGAUGCCUCCGAGAGAGCGCCGACCGCCGAGGGACAACGGGUGGGAAGAUGAAUCUUCAUCAAGCUCAAGUGGGAAUUCAACAUCUUCUGACGCUGCUGCUCCUCGUGCUAAUGAGGCGAGCAAGGUGGCCCUGUUUUCUUUCUGCGUAGCUGCCAUAUAUGGAGCAUACAUAACUCAAGGAGUGCUACAAGAAAAAAUAUCAACAACGAGGUAUGGCAAGGACCAGCAGCGGUUUGAUUACCUCACCUUUCUCAACUUGACGCAGUGCCUCGUGUGUUUCGUCUGGUCGUUUAUAAUGCUGAAGAUAUGGCCCGGAGAUCCAGGCAGCGAAGCACCAAUCUUAGAGUACUGCUGGUGCAGCGUUUCCAAUGCCAUUGGUCCGGCGUGUGGGAUGCUUGCGCUGAAGUUCAUUAGCUUUCCUGCUCAGGUGCUGGCCAAGUCUUCCAAGAUGAUUCCAGGGUGCGUGGCAGUAAUGCUGAUGGGAGCACUCGUAUACGGAGUCCGUUACUCCAUCCAAGAGUAUUUGUGCACUUUUUUGGUGGCUGGUGGAGUGGCGGUCUUCGCCAUCAAAGAGAGCUCCGGCAAGCCCGGCAAGAUCGCCAGUCCAAAUGCACCUCUGGGUUACACCUUAUGUUUACUUAAUCUUGCCUUGGACGGAUUCACCAACGCCACACAAGAUGCUCUAAGCGCCAAGUAUCCGAAGGUGACUGCAUGGCAUCUGAUGAUGGGGAUGAACCUGUGGGGUGCCCUGUAUAUGUGCCUGUUUAUGUUUCUGGUGCCGGGUGGGGGAGGCUACGCUGCUGUCUCGUUCUGCCUAUCCCACUCCGAGGCCGCUCGGGACAUCUUCCUGUUCUGCUUGUGCGGGGCCGUGGGGCAGAACUUCAUCUUCCUCACCAUCAGCCACUUCGGGGCGCUGACCAACACCACCAUCACCACAACCCGGAAGUUCGUGAGCAUUCUCGUGUCGUCGCUAUGGAACGGCAACGUGCUGUCUGCACAACAAUGGACUGGCGUGGCCAUGGUGUUCUUAGGACUCUCGUACCAGAUCUGGUGCAAGCACCAGAAGAACACGGCCAGGCUCACGCCGGUCACUAACGACUACACUGGCGAAAUGAACAGCGCCGCUCGGUCCAGAUCAGCUACCAAGAGAGGGAAAAAUUAACCUCACCCUUACUCGGUUUUCGUCCAUGGUCCAUUUCCCAUAGAGGCUGUCUCAUGCUCUGGAGCUAUUUAUGAUAUUCAGAUGUGCAACGAAUACAUCCCCAACAUACCCCAUGAGGAUUUUGAAGACUCAGCUAUCAACCUGAAAAUGUGGUUGGGACACGAGCAGAUGAACCUAGUGUGUGCUGGCCUGCACGAUCUCCCAUAGCCCAGUAUCAAUUCUUAUUUUGCAUUAGAAAGGGUCCAAAUUGAAUUAGAUGAGAAGGAAGAAACUUGUGGGUGGCGAGUCUGUCUCUGAACACACAAAGCUCACGAUGCACCCAAAGACUUUCAGAAACCGUCACCGGCUGGCUUUUCUAGCUAAUCUUUGAUUCUACAGAUGUUUAUGAAAUCUGAGGCAGCCCUUUGUAGAAAUCUGCCAAGAGUUCUUCGGGUAAGAAUUUGCUCCAGGAUGCAACCAGUCCGAAUAUCAGAGCAAUUCGAUCGUAUAAGACAAGUACAGCCUUUUUGACACACGAUAUUUGUUGUGCAAAUCUUGAAUCAUUUCGGAAACUGAAGGCUACAAUUCUGCGCUGGAGGUUUAUACCUGCUGUGUAGCACCAAGUGCACAGACCACAAGUGUGAUUUAUGUCUAGCCAACGGACGUCACCCCAUCGUGUCAACUUUUAAACCAACAUUUCCCUGCUGCACAUGUUCAGACUGGAUCUCAAAUCGGAAUCUGCUCUGAAAAAAGGUGACCUCCAUAGUCUUAUGCCACGCACGUUCCAAAGCGCUGCCGUCACUACCAAUGAGAUAAAAUCGUGUAUCAAAACGACUGGCAAAUGGUGUGUAGUCUCUCAGUUACAAGACCCACUAAUACAUUUCUUUUUAGUCACAAUAGAUGUAAAAGUAAGAGACAGAAGUGAGGGUUAAUAUUUCAAGUAAAGGUGGACUAGUUGGUCAUUAUUUGGUGCAUAAAUGUAAAUUUGAGGUUUUUAAAAUACUGCAUUACAGAUUUUAUUAGUGAAAAAGAUAUUUCUUAUAAGGUUUUAUAGAUAACAUGGAAGAUGGAGGUUUGGCACUCUAUUCUUGCCAUGAGUUCUAAGUAUUACUAAAAUAGAAACUUGAUUUGAAUAAAACCCUGUUUGUAUUGUUGACUCCCCUUAUUGUACUAAGUGAUCUUCUAUUUUCAAAA